UAAAAAAAAUAAUCCAAGAAAUGAUGGGGAGAUCUCCAUGCUGCGAUGAAAAUGGUUUAAAGAAGGGGCCAUGGACAACAGAGGAGGAUCAAAAGCUGGUCGAUUACAUUCAGAAACAUGGCCAUGGGAGUUGGAGAGCACUUCCAAAGCUUGCAGGAUUGAACAGAUGUGGAAAGAGUUGCAGGCUUAGGUGGACUAAUUAUCUCAGGCCUGAUAUCAAAAGGGGAAAGUUUUCUGACGAAGAAGAACAAUCCAUCAUCAACCUACAUGCAGUUCUUGGAAAUAAGUGGUCGGCCAUAGCUAGCCAUCUUCCUGGACGUACGGACAACGAAAUUAAGAACUUUUGGAACACCCAUUUGAAGAAAAAGCUUCUCCAAAUGGGGAUAGAUCCAGUCACCCACAGGCCAAGAACAGACCUCAAUAUUCUUUCCAAUCUCCCACAAUUGCUUGCGGCUGCCAAUUUUUCCAAUUUGACAAAUCCUUGGGAAAAUGUUUUCAGGCUACAAUCAGAUGCCGCACACCUUGCAAAGAUCCAGGUGCUCCAUAAUAUAAUCCAAGUCCUAAGCACCACUACUCCUACCACCUCAAAUGUUGAAGCAAUAUUAUUCAAUCAUUUUGGGUCGUCGUCGUCGUCAAAUAUUCCUGACAAUUAUCUUGAAGGACUUUUCAAUGGCGGCUCAUCAGUUGGUUUUCCUUCACAAAUCCCUACUCAAAUGCAGUCAAAUCUUCCAAACUUUGAAGCUCCUCAGCUGCCACAAGCCAGUGAUAAUAUUGCAAAUGGCUUGAAAAUUUGUGAUUAUGACCAACUUGGUACCUCGUAUUCUAAUGUUCCACCUUCAAAUGAUGCACUUCCCAAGUUGGUUUCCACCUCGUCUGAGUGUUCCAUUGUUAGCCAAAUUGAAAACAAGAUUAACUUGAUCAAUGAUUUAUCUAAUCCUUCAUCCACUUCAACCACCUUUGAACCUUUGGGAGAUAUUAUGGACGAUGAAGCAAGUGACUCUUAUUGGAACGAUUUUCUAGAACAAGCAGCUUUGCAGCCAUGGCAAAACUCAUAGAAGAACGCGUACAUCAUUGUGUGAAGCUUAAUUUCCCUUUAUAUUACAAGAUUUAGAUUCAUUUUGUAAACUAAAUACAUGUUCAUUACAUAUAUGAGAGCUGGAUUUCCUGGAUUUUUACAAAUUAUAUAUGGCCUCCCAUUGUAUGAAGGGCCCCGUACA